AUUUCUCCUUAGUUUAUCUGCUUAAUUGAAUUAUUAAGGUUGAUGUAGGCUUUCUUGAUUAGAGAAUAAAGGGGAUACUAUUGUGAUUUUAUUUACCUAUGCUUGUAUAAAUCAUGAAAUGGUGUUUACAACUAGUACAUCCUCAUAUGGAGUUAAUGAAUCAACAUCAAGUUUAACAGAAAUUAGAGCGUUGAAUCAAAAUAUUAACUAUCCAACACAAAGAGAAUUUCUAAAAUAUGUAGAUGAUUUUAAUAAACAUCAACUAAGUAGAACAACAUCUAAGCUGAAGAGAAGAGAAACAUCCCAUUACUUACAAGUUAAUAAGCUACCAGAUAAUCCUUUCUUAUUUAUAAAAAAUGAAUGUAUUGACCGACUUAAAGAUCUUAAUCUAUCUCAAGAUAAGGAAGAUAAAGAUAGACUUAUGAAAGCUAAAUAUUCUGGUGAAAAAUUACCCUUUUCUAUGAGACAAAGGUAUAUGGCAGCACAAAAUGUUCAUGAAUUAAUUCUUGAAGAGAAUUUCGAUGAAUUCAAUAAAUAUGGGGUAUUAUUUGGUCCAAAGAAUUUGAUAGCAUAUCAAACCAUCUCCAAUGUAAUCCCUUUAACAACAAGAUCAAAAUUACCUAAAAAAUCAAUAAAAGAUCUAAAUCCAGGCCCAAUAAUUACAAAAGGUAAUAUAGAUAGUAAAAUAAUAUGUAAACAAAUAACAGAUAAUGAUGUUUUUGAUACAACAACUGAUACUCUAUAUCAUUUUGUUCAAAAUCGUCGAAAAAUUUGUCUAUUAGAAUUAAUGAAUCGUGUAAAACACGAAGAAGUUAAACGUUUAGAUAAAAUAAUAAAAAUUGAAUAUAACUUUAUAAAAAAACAAGAAAAAGAUCAUUUAUAUCAUCAUAAAGAGUAUGAUAGAUAUUUAAAGACAAUAUGUCAACAUACUACUGAAGCGAUAUGUUUAGCUGAAGGUGAAGCGCGUAAAAAAAUUCAAAUUGAUGAUGAUAUAAAACAAACACGUUAUAAACUGGCUCAUUUGAAUGCUGAAUACAUUAAAUUAGAAGAGGAAUACUUACGUUUAUGUGUAUAUCGAGAUUUUCUUAAUAAUAUGGCGAGAACAUUUAAAGAACAUCAUGUGAAGAAUUUACUAACCUUUACUGAUGAUACUAAUGAAUCCUUGAACACUCAUGACAAGUUAACUGACAGAAUGAAAGAUGAUAUCAUUGAUGAAACUGUAACAUCAAUUGUUACUACCAGUACUACUACUACUAUUGACAUUAGUAAAAAACUACACAAAACACUAACAUCUUCACUGAUAAAUGAAAAUGAUAAAGAAAAAAUGAUUAUUUCUGAUGAAUUUAUGUUUGAAAAUAUAUUUACUAGUCCAAAAGAUCUAGUUAAUCGUUUGUCCGAAUUAGAUAGUACAAAUUUGACCUUAAUUGAAAAUGUUCAAGAACAAGAUGAAGUAUAUGAAAGUGUACGACGUAAAAUAACUAAAUUGAAGCAAAUUUUAACCCAAGAGAAAAUUCAAGUUGAUAAUCAUAUUGAACGUGAAAAAAAUCAUCUACAAAUAAUACAACAAAAUAUUGAACAACUUAGUAUAUCAAAGAAUACUUUAAAUGAAUACCUUUUACUGGAUAAAUAUGCUAAUGUGUUUUGUUUAAACAAUAUAGAAUCAUUUCAAGAUAUUGAAUUCAGUCAAACAAUACCGAUAAGUAAAUCUACAUCUGAAUCUAAAGUAAAAGAUACUCAGUCUAUAUGUAGUCAACACAAAGAUAAACGUGAAUUGAAGCCAACUAUUGUAUUACUGUUGAAUAUAUUACAGACACAAGUACAGAAAGUUUAUACAUCAGUUUAUGGGAAUAAUAAUAGUGGAGCAAAAUUGGACAUAUUAGUUAUGUUAAGUCGUUUAGAGACAACAAUAGAUGAACUUAGUGAAAUGCUUAAUAUUUAUCCAAGAAAUGUAAUACUUAAAGCUAAAAAAGCUGUUGAACAGCGUACACGCUUUAUUCUACGUCAGCGACAGAAAGAAGAAUCUCAAAUAGCUUAUGAAAAACGUGUUGAAAAAGUUAUGAAUAAAGCCCAUGAGAAACCACGUUGGCGAUUUGGCAGAAAAAUUAUGGAAAGAUCGAAACCUUUAAAUAUCGUGUAUAAAACUGAUCUAAAUAUAGAGUCAUCUUACUCGAAAGAGGAAAAUAAAAGUUUAUUUCAAUGAGAAAGCAAAAUACUGAAGUCAUUUUUGUUAAUGCAUAAGUCUCAAGCUAUUUCUCUGUAAUACAAAAUGACAAAGCUUA